CACUCGUCGGGGAAACAUUUUCAAACACUCCGCCUUCAAAUUUGAUGACAAGGGUGACGCGUUUGAACGAUGGCGAGGUGACAGAAUGAGACACCUGAAUUUUGAGUUUUGUUUUUAGUUACGUAUGCAUUCAUGAAGUCAAGCAGGGCUCUGGGAUUUCUGCUGUGUAGAUGUGGUAUUUUAUUCUUAAUUUUUUUAAGACAACAUGUUUGAACCCCUCGAGACUCUGCUGAAAUAUGAGACUCCAGUUUUAAUCAGUAAAACUACAGAUAAAAAGAGUACGAAGGGGGGCCGUCCUUUUAAAGUCAGCAACCAAGCGCAUGCCGACUCCCCGGUGCCUCCACCCCCUAAAGUUAAAUCCUCUGCAGCUGAAGCCCCAAGGCAACAAAAUGAUGACAUACUUAACCUCAUCUUUCCACCCAGGGAAUGGCUGGAGGGAAACCAGCUGUGGGUGCAGCAAGUGUCCAGCGCGCCGUGCACCAGAGCGGACGUGGUGAACCUCGAGGAGCUCCUGGACAGGAAACUGCAGCAACGAAGGGCCAUAGAGACGGGAAUAUGCCCUGUUCGAAGAGAGCUCUAUACCCAGUGCUUCGAUGAGCUGAUCAGGCAGGUGACCAUCAACUGCGCCGAGCGGGGUCACUUGCUGUUGCGGGUCCGAGAUGAGAUCCAGAUGACCAUAGCCGCUUACCAGACCUUCUACGAGAGCAGUGUGGUUUUUGGCAUGAGAAAAGCUCUGCAGGCUGAGCAGGACAAGGUGGACAUGCAGAAAAGAAUUGCAGUGCUGGAGCAAGAGAAAGACGAGCUGCAGAAAGAGUUGCGCGAUGAGAAGGCCAAAUGCGACGCCAUCGAAAAAACCGAAGAAGAGAAACAUGAAGUUCAGGAAAAGAAGUACACGGAGCAGAUUCAGUUCCUCAAGAGAACCAAUCAGCAGCUUAAGGUUCAACUGGAGGGAGUUGUGACACCAAAGUAAUUUCACAGUAGCCAGUUCACAAUGGAACAUGUCACUGAACAGUACACUUUUUUAAUGAAUGAAUGUAUUGUUGGGUAAUUAAUAAUUAAAUGUAUUUUUUAAAGAACGAAGGAGAGCAGGUAAUUUAUAAUACCUUCCAAUGAAUUAAUUGCCUUUUUGAGGCUUCAUUGCGCAUGUGCCCAGAAAUAUCACCCAUUUGCCUGUCUUGUGUUCCUUGGUGAAAAUAGACUCCAUGUAUUUUAGGGAUCUCAAUCACAAGUGAUAUGCAUGAAUAUUUGAGUUUUGUUUUGUAUUUGAGUUCAACUAAGCAAUGUGAGUCACAAAGAAGUGUGCACACGCUGUAGUGUACUUGUAUAAUUAUCUCAAAGUUGUGUCUCAUGUUCUGGAGAUAUUCAUCUUAGGGUUCUUAAGGUGUGUCUUGGAAAGCAAAGAUUGCAUGCCAAAACACACCCAUUUUAAAAGAUCUGUCACAGGCUUUGUGUUCAUCAAGUCAGACAAAAAGAACUCCGAUUCGUCUAUUCAAGCUCAGCCGAGCUACAAGGAAAGAUAUUUCUACACAGCAUUAAGAGAGGAUUAUUUUGGCAAGACCUGUUGAUAAUAAAACAUUUUCACGUUA